UGGCAAGUGUAGCAUUUUCACUAAUUAAAUAUCAUAUUUUUUAGUUAAUGAUUUAUUUUAUUUUGAUAUGGAGGCACUACCUUUGAUACCUGGAUAUUCUUUUCAAAACCCCUGUAACCACGAUCAUAAAUUGAAGCAAAAGUUGGACCACAAGGAUGGAUAUCGAGUAGUUAGAGAUUCGUUCAUUGGUACUGGUAGGCGUCCUGUUGAUGCAGCCUCAAGCGCUUACUCAGGAAGGCAUUAUGAGAAUUUCCUUCAGUACGAUCCAUCGUUAACAUACGGAAGAAACAAGGACUAUCCUUGCAGACAAGUAAUUCCUCACUACGUUCUCUUUGCGCAGAAGUGCUUGAAAUUUAAAGCUUUCUUUCGUCAAAGUGUUUUCAAUUCUCCAAUGGAACAUUUCCGAAUUCGCCAUGUGAAUAUCAUCUAUUUUUUGGAAGACGACACGAUGUGCGUUAUUGAACCGUCGGUGGAUAACGCCGGAUUGCAGCAGGGGAAACUCGUACGAAGGGGAAAAAUUCCAAAGGAGAAUUCACCAACAUUUUACCACUGGAAGGAUCUCAACGUGGGGAUCAAUAUAUCGAUUUAUGGAGUUGUUUACCACACCGUUGACUGUGACACCUUCACAGAAGAAUAUAUGCGUAGUCAGGGAAUAGAUCCCGGGAAUAGGGAGCAGCCACCACCAGACUCUUAUACUCAGGACCGCUUAGCGAAACUGGCAGUGAGUAGAGCCUCUUCGUCGCGCUCUAAAAAACCCAGGCCGGAAGAAGAUCCCAGAAGGCGAUUUUUAGAAUUUGAUGGGAUGGUUCUAACGUUUGACGCUAUUUGGAAUGAGGACUCAUACCAAAUAAUGUACUUUCUCACUGAUGAUACAAUCGCAGUGAAAGAAAUGAUUAGACCAAACAGUGGAAAGGAUCCGAACCGAAUGCUCCUGAAAAAGACGAAAAUCCCGAAAAACUGGACUGAUCUUCCUGUGUGGUAUCCGUCCAUUUACCUCGAGAGGACUGACGAAGAAGUUGUCGAAUAUUAUUGUCCAAUGGAUUUAAAGGUAGGGGAAACGAUCUUCAUUUUUGGACGUAAGUUCCUCCUCUUGGACUGUGACUCCUUCACUCGCCGAUAUUAUAAAAAUAUGUUGGGAAUCGAACAACCUCCUCGGAUCUUCCCAACGACCUCCUCAUCGUCGCGUUGCCUGGCUUCACCUCAUCCAACAAGUUGUACAUCCCUGUCAAAAAAAUCAAAAAAAGAAGAUGUCAUCCGUCAAAUUUUCAACCACCCCAAGAAGUUACGGUACCUUAUGACGAUGGUAGCGGUGCGACCCGAGGACGAGGGUCGAGAGUUCAUCCUUGAGUACAGUUUGAGCCAUGGAACGAUAAAGAUUAACGAACUGAGUAGAAAAAAUUCCGGGAGACGAGCUGGAUGUUUUCUGGCAUCGAGGCACAUUCCAAAAAGUCAUUCAAAGCUUGAGAAUUGCGACGAAGAAGUGCCAAUUUACACACCUCGAGAUCUUUAUAUUGGAGCGAUAAUCGAUAUCUUCAGUCAUCGAUUCCUCAUCACAGGAGCUGAUCUGUUUGUGAUGAAGUACAUCGAGGAAAAUCAGGACAAAUUUCCGGAAGAAGUAGUUGAAAAUAUGAGAAGCUAUUUCAACAGAGUCUCUGUUGGAAGCUCAGAACGUGUGGAAGACAUUAAAGAUGAUCACCUUGAUAAUUUUGUAAAAACGAAAAAGAAUGAUUGUUUGAUUCCAGCUACAAAACAAAUCGGGCUGUCUCCCGAUGCUCAGAAAAUCGAUUCCGGUGUCCCUCAGCCACAGGACGAGCAAACUAACCCGUGUCAAAAGUACGAAAGGGAUCGCAGUCUACCAAAACAAAUAACUUGGGCUGACCAAGUUCAAGUCCCUUGCACCUUGAUGACAAAUACAUGA